AUGGCCGGCGAGCAACGGAGGGCGGGCGGGCUCCGCUGGGCCGAGGCUCGCACCAGCCUGGCCGCUUUCCUGCUGGGCGGCUCCGUGGUGGCCGCCGUGCCGCUCUUGCUCCGGGCCGGCUUCCAAGGCCGGGCCGCGCUGGCGCUCCACGUCGCCGGCGCCAACGCGACGCUCCUCUUGGCCUGGGGCCGAGCGCCGGGCGGGAUGUACCAGAUAGCGAUCCGGGCCUGUUUCCUGGGCUUUGCGUUCGGAUGCGGCUUGCUGCUCAGCUUCAGGCAGUCUUCCUGGAAACAUUUUGGCUGGUACAUGUGUUCGCUGUCUCUGUUCCAUUAUUCGGAAUAUCUGAUCACGGCGGUCAACAACCCCCGUAGCUUGUCUCUGGACUCCUUCCUACUCAACCACAGUUUUGAAUAUAACAUGGCCGCUCUUUCCUCGUGGAUCGAGUUCACCGUGGAAAAAUUCAUUUUCCCAGAAAUGAAGCAGGUGGCUUGGCUGAGCUCCGCCGGGCUGCUGAUGGUGGUCUUGGGCGACUGUUUACGCAAGGCAGCCAUGCUGACCGCUGGCUCGAAUUUCAACCACAUCGUCCAGAACGAGAAGUCGGAGAGUCACAGGCUGGUGACCCGGGGCGUCUACGGCUGGUGUCGGCACCCUUCGUAUGUGGGGUGGUUUUCCUGGAGCAUCGGAACUCAGGUACUUCUCUGCAACCCCGUCUGCCUGGUGGGCUACACCCUGGUCUCCUGGCGUUUUUUCCGCGACAGGGUAGAAGAAGAAGAGCGGGCCCUGAUCCACUUUUUCGGAGAGGAAUAUUUGGCCUAUAAGGAGAAGGUACCCAGUGGGCUCCCCUUUAUCCGAGGCUUCAGAAUUGAACUCUGAAAUCUUAACGCCGGCAUCGGGGGGCCACAUCCUGCCUCGGCUUUCGCCAAGCCUGGGAAAAUCCUCGGAGCACGUGCAGAGGGCUCAAAAAAGCUUAAGAGGUUCCUUAAAAAAAAACAAACCUACCUUUCUUAGAGGAUUUACAGGGCUGCUUAGAGUUCUCCAACCGAGCCAUAAGUCUGAUCUUUUUUCUUUUUAAAGAGAAAAUUUGCCAUUUGUCGCUUGCAAGUUGAAAUCCCAGUCCCGGAUUAAAAGAGAGCCGAGAAAAAAAAAAAAUCCCGCAGACUGUAUUCCCCCCCCCCUCAAAAUCAUGCAGAUUUGACUCUUUUCCCUGUUUGCCCUUCUAACAGCUGCUUAAUGCCGUUUGAAGCCUGAUCUUAAAAAUCUUUUGGGAAAAUUAUAAAUGACUUUUUCUAAGUUAUAAAAUUCUCAUCCAGCUGGGAAGACCUGACUUAACAGCAGAAAAAAAAAAUCUCUUUUUUUUUUCACCAACGGCCUGCCAUUCUUUUGGUUCCCCCCCAUCACUUAUGCAAAACUUUGAAGACAAAUCUGAAAUACAUGUCGGUUUCUAC